AUGUCUGUUCCAAAGUUCUCCGGCCUUUCUGGCAAAUGGCUGCUGCGCGCCGUCACGACCUCGGCGACCAUGGGCUUCUUGCUCUUCGGCUACGAUCAGGGUGUUAUGAGUAGCAUCAUUGACGCAAAGCCUUUCAACGAUGUCUUUACAGCCACACGAGGCAACUCCACCAUGCAGGGCGUUGUAACCGCUAUUUACGAGCUAGGUUGUCUUGCUGGUGCAGUAUUCAGUCUUAUAUUUGGUGAUUGGCUAGGCCGACGUUGGUCAAUCAUCCUUGGUGCCUCUAUCAUGAUCAUCGGCGUCGUGAUUCAGGUUAGCUCUAUGGUGGGGUAUAUCCCACUGGCGCAAUUCUGUGUUGGACGAGUCGUCACUGGCGUUGGUAACGGCAUGAACACAGCUACGAUCCCCACAUAUCAAGCCGAAACUUCGCGCUCAAACAACCGUGGUCUACUUAUAUGUAUUGAGGGUAGUACUGUCGCCAUUGGAACCUUAAUCUCCUACUGGAUUGACUUCGGGGCCUCCUACGGACCCCCCGAUCUCACCUGGCGCUUCCCAAUUGCCUUCCAGUGUGUUUUCGGCUUUGCUAUCAUCUUCAGCAUGCUUGUUCUGCCUGAGUCACCGCGAUGGCUUUUUACUCGGGAGCGGUAUGAGGAGGGUGAGGCCGUCAUUGCCGCACUUGCAAAUCAACCCAUCGAUCAUCACGAAGUCCAACUUCAAAAGACUAUUAUUCUAGACUCGAUUCGAGCAUCUGGCGAGGCAGGCAAGAACACUCCCAUGUCGGCCGUCUUCACGGGCGGUAAAACACAGCAUUGUCGACGUAUGCUCAUCGGCGCAUCUUCUCAAUUCUUCCAACAGAUUGGUGGAUGCAACGCCGUUAUCUACUACCUCCCAGUGCUGUUCAAGGAAUCCCUCGGACAGAAUGACUUCAUGGCCAUGAUCCUGGGAGGUGUCAACAUGAUUGUUUAUUCUAUCUUCGCUUGUUCCUCGUGGUUCCUAGUUGAACGCGUUGGUCGACGGAAACUAUUUUUGAUUGGCACUGUUGGGCAGUCUCUUUCUAUGGUUCUGACAUUUGCCUGCCUGAUCCCCGGAUCCGACAGCGCCGCCAAGGGUGCCGCACUUGGUCUUUUUGUCUACAUCUCCUUCUUUGGAGCGACAUGGCUUCCCCUGCCUUGGCUUUACCCGGCAGAAAUCAAUCCUAUCAAGACACGAACCAAGGCCAAUGCAAUCUCAACAUGUACCAACUGGCUGUUCAACUUCCUCAUCGUCAUGGUUACACCGAUUAUGAUUCGCAAUAUCUCGUGGGGUACCUACCUCUUCUUCGGUGCUGUCAAUGCCUGCUUCUUCCCUGUGAUCUACUUGUUCUACCCCGAGACUGCUGGUCGCACACUUGAGGAGAUUGAUUUGAUCUUUGCCAAGGGUUAUCUGGAAAACAUGACCUACGUGCGUGCUGCCAAGGAGAUGCCUUUCAUGACAAACGAGGAGAUUGAACGCACUGCUGUGCAGUAUGGAUUUGCUCCUCCCGAUGCUGUGGUCCAAGGUGAUAGUGGUAGCAGCAGCGACAAUGGCGAAUUCAAGCCUACUCAAUAA